CAACAAACAGUGACCUAUACCUCCUUGAUGUGGGAUAAAAAGCAAAGAGAAUUGGAACUCAGAUAUUUACAAAUCCAAUGCUUUGUAUUUAAUUUCUCUCUAGUUUUUUGUUUUUUUUUUCCUCAGGAAAGAAGUAAUAAUAUGGAGAAUGUUUAUCAUCCUAAUUGGUCUGAACCAGCAAAUUCUUCUCGGUACAAAUCUGCAACUAUAAGCAGUAGUACCACUGCUACCUCUACCGAGUCCUCCUUUCUACUUCCAUGGUCGCUUUCUCCUCAUGCCUCAACCUCUUCGACUUUCCAGUUCUCUGGGUUUCCUUCGACGACGUCGUCCGGUUCGAUACCGUUCGAAAGGAUUGCCGAAGAUAGAGCUGCUGCUGCUUCCAAGAGCCACAGCCAAGCAGAAAAGAGACGCAGGGAUAGGAUUAAUGCACAGCUUUCAACUCUUAGGAAACUAAUUCCCAAGUCUGACAAGAUGGACAAGGCAGCCUUGCUAGGGAGUGUGAUUGAUCAAGUGAAAGAUCUUAAGCGAAAAGCCAUGGAAGUAAGCAAAGCCAUCAUAGUUCCAACAGAAGUUGAUGAAGUGGCCAUUGAGAGUAGCACUGAUGAGCUUUCCGAAGGCCAAGAUGUGAACCUCUCAGUCAGCAAAAGCAAUAAUAGUAAUAACAAUAAUACGUAUAUAAGAGUAUCUGUUUGCUGUGAGGACAGGCCAGAAUUGUUCUCAGAGCUGAUUCAAGUGCUGAAAGGGCUAAAACUGAGUGCAGUUAGAGCAGAGGUAGCCAGUGUUGGUGGAAGGAUUAAAAGUGUUCUGGUCCUUUCUUCGAACAAGGAUACUGAUGAUAAAGAGGCUAUUUGCAUAAAUUCUCUCAAACAGUCUCUUAAAUUAGUUUUGACUAAAAUUGCUUCUUCUUCUGUACCAUCAAAUUGUCGCAUUAGAAGCAAGAGGCAGAGGUUCUUCUUGCCUUCUCAUUUCUCCUAAUAAAUAUAUUCAUUAAUUUCACUUAUCA